CAAGAUGGAGGCCGAGGGCGUGGCCUACGACGCCGUGCUGAAAGAGGCCCAGGACCUGGGCUUCGCCGAGGCCAACCCCAGCGCCGACGUGGACGGCUUCGACGUGCAGAGCAAGAUCGCCAUCCUGGCCAAGCUCGGCUUCGGCGGCGUGGUCAAGCCCGCCGACAUCCCGACCGUCGGCAUCUCGCGCAUCUCUGCCGCCGACUUCGAGUACGCCAAGAUGAUGGACAGCACCAUCAAGCUGCUGGGCGUGGCCAAGCUGCUCAAGCCCGCGGACGAGAAGGCGGGCAAGCCCCAGGAGGUGACGGUCUACGUGUCCCCCGUCGUGGUCAAGCACAGUAACGUCAUCGCCAGCAUCAGCGGCGCCACCAACCUGGUGAACGUGCGCUCGGACAACCUCGACAGCAGCGCCUACGUCGGCCCCGGCGCCGGCCGCUUCCCCACCGCCAACUCGGUCAUGAACGACAUCAUCCAGCUGGCGCGCGGCGACGCGCCCCUCGACCCGUUCAAGGCCUCGGUGCCCCUCACGAUGCAGCCCGACUACGAGGCCCACUUCUACGUGCGUAUCACCAUCACGGACGGCCUCGGCGUCAUCCGCCACGUCGGCCAGCUCGCCGAGGAGAGCGGCGUGUCCAUCUACUCGAUCCUGCAGGCGCCCAUCGUCGACCGCGCCAACGUGCAGUUCGUCGUCACCACCGAGACGUCGCUGCUCUCCAAGGUGCGCUCCAUGUGCCAGAAGAUCGCCGCGCUGCCCUUCGUGCAGGAGGAGCCGCUGUACCUGCCCAUCAUGUAAACCACCCCGCUGCAAGAGUUCCGCUCGACUGAGCACUAAGCGCGAAAUCAUCAAUACAUUCCGGUCUACAGUUUUAGGAUUC